AGUGUCUCCGCUCGCCCUCAGUCCCCUCCCCCUCGGACCCCUUGUUUCAUCAUCGCAUCAUGAACCAGAGAGGAGGAGCGCUGGUGGUGGAUCAGGAAGCCGCUCCGCCCCACGGGAUCCUGCUAGCCGUCGUCGUCGGCCUGGUGGUGGCCGCGCCCUUCCUCGUCGGCGGCGAGGCCAUCACGGGCGCCGUCGCCGACCUCCUCAGCCCCGCUGGCCUCCUCCUCCUCCCCGUCCUCCUCAUCCUCCUCAUCCGCUUCCUUUCCUCCGACCGCGGUGUCAUCCUCUCCGAGAUCUUCGCCUCCGGCUCCCCCGACUCCAUCCACCGCGUCGGCGGAUCGCCUGUCGGAGUCGCACUCUUGCUCCUCCUCAUCCUCAUCCUUCUCUACUACCGCUUCUCCAUCUUCGGAGGCGACGCCAGCGGCGACGCCGAGUGAAGAGGCCGAUGAGUGAUCCGUGAUCGAUGUUGCCGAAGUUCACUCACCGUGAACUGCAACUGUAAAAGGGAAUGCUAGGUUACGUGGGUGCCCCUUCCAGGUGUAUGAAAUUCUGAGGUCGAAUAAAAAGUAAGGGAUCCCUAAAAGGUAAUAUGACAUGCCCCA